AACAGCUACGUUUUUGGUACACAUAUUGUGUAUUUUAAAAGAUUCAAACACACUUAGGAAUCUAAUUUAUUCAUAACUUGAUAUUUUGGGCUGUGACGGGUUUCCUCUUACUGAGCGCUAAGCAUGACGGGAUAAAUAGUUUCGUUUCUAAGUUUCAAAGAUGGCGGCAAGAGGACGACAGACCAUCAUUCUUUCUUCCCUCCCACUCCAAGUGUUGUACUACCUGAAUGGCUGGUACUUUGGCUUCUUCUGGAUAGCAGAGGCUCUUAUGUUUGUCUAUAAAGGACAAGUUCUACCCUUCCCCUCCACAAAUCUGGCAUCAGAGAUAGUGCUGCUGUUUCUACUGGGGAUCAUAGAGGUUAUAAGGUUGUUCUUUGGUUCUAAAGGCAACCUUACAGAGCGGAUCAUCUCCAUGGUGGUGUCCAUCCUGCUGUGCCUACCUGUGCUGUUCACUGUGCUGUUCUUCCUCCUGUGGCAGACGUACGUCCUGAGAGCAGAGGUCAUCCUGUGUGCGAUCCUGCUGGUGUUCCUGGGGCUGGAGCUUGUCCUGGGCGUGGCAGCCAUGGUCAGCUUUGCCAGGGCAGAGACCUUUCGAUGACGGACUGAAAUGAAGAGAGAGUUCCUCUUUUUUAUCCAUAUAGAAAAAUCUGGAGCUGUUAUCUGGAUGCCACUUUUGGUUCUUGUUUGAAAUUACUCAUAAAUAGUCAUUUUUUAAGCUUAGUAAUACUAUGAUAUUCUGUUGACUAUAGCUCUUUAUUUUUGAUGGGAAGACUGAGGACAAGUUUGUAAAUAAAAAAGUGUGUAAAUAUUUGAUUAUCAACAGAACAGUGAAUAUACAAUUGGUAUAUUGUAUGUGUAGGCAAAACUACAAAAACUCUGUAUGUGUAUGUUUUAUGUAUUAUACUGUAGAUUGAAACUAAAAGUGAAACUGUCAUAUCCCCAUUCCAUGAUCAUUUGCUUGAAAAACAACAUUUACAAAGCUGUAAGAAUUUUUUGAAGUGACAAUAAAAAAACUGCUAUUUUCACAAUUGAGUUUGUGGAAACCUGUUCCACAUUAUCAGUCCAUUGAAAACUCUUGUACAUUUGUAAUGAUGGCUUUACUUGUAAUUUAGAAGUUGUCAACAUGAAUUUUGCCUUUAUUUUACCUUCUGUAUGUUCCAGUGACUUUGUAUGAAAUCUGUCAUCAAAUCUUCUUAUAUGGUCAUGUUGAUUUGAUUAUAUGCCUGACAUCCUCUGUGAACCCAAAACUGAUGUGAAUAUGCGAAUAGAAAAAAGUGUGGACAAAAAAGUUGCCUACAAUAUGAAAUCUAAGUGGUCAGGAAGGUUGAACAAAUGAAUGAACACACAGAGUAUGGUAUACCAAAAACAAAAGAUUCUUGAUUUUUGUAUUUUGUAGUUUCACAACUUCUUCUUUGACCAUGGCAUUAUAACACUAGUACUGAAAAUGCAUUUAAGUUCGCGGGGAUUUAAUUUCGUGGUAGCGGGAGAAAGAACUUUUUGCGGUGGUUUUAAUUUCGCGGUAGCACCAUGCACUGUAGUCUCUUACUGCCAUGGAAAAAUGUUCGCAGUGGUUUUAAAUUUGCGCUGAUGUGGCCACCGCGCAAACCUCAAACAUAAAACCACCACACAACAUUUCUGCAUUUACAGUAUACGUUUUCCGAUUAGUUUUAAAGCUAUUGCAUAUAUUUGCUCUUUGUUGCAGCUGCUUUAUACGAUUUACAGUAUGGUGGAAAAAUUUAUUUUGGGAACCCCAAAAAAAUUUAUGCGCACGUGGAUGGCAUCAAAUUGUAAUCAAAUCAACAUGGCCUAACUGGAAAAUCUGUUUGCUACCAGUUGGAUACGUACAAAAUGUAUUACCUUGGCCCAUCGGACACUGUCAUGCCACCAGUAAAUGUGAUUGAACAUAUGAGUGUAGAGUGUUUUAUGUUGUACAAAUGAAUAAACUAUGAAGUCUUA